CUCUCCCUGCUUUCAGAAUCACCGCCGUCGUCGCCGCCCACCACCUGUUCGAUCUCCGGCUUGUGAGAGAUAACCUCGCUCAAUUCGCCGCCGAGUGCUGCGUCCCCUUCGAAUUCAAUGCCGUCGCCCUCGACGCCUUCGACCCGCAAGUCCUGCGCUCUGUCUCCGGCCAAUUCGAUGAGUCCGUGUUCGUCAACCUCCCGAUUGGCCACACCGCUAACCUCCCAAUCCAAAGCCUCCUCCCUCUUAUAAAGCAACUCAAUCCGAAACUCGUAAUCUCCGUAAACCAUUUAUGUGGCGGCGGUGGCGGCGGCGAAUUCUCCUUCGCCCGCCAUGUGUUCAAUUCCUUACAAUCCGCCACGGCCCUUCUUGAAUCAAUUGAUGCGGCCGGUAUGAGCCCCGACAUUGCCGACAUGAUCGAGCGGCUCAUAUUGCUGCCGCGGAUCGAGAACGCGGUGCUCGGGUUUCACGACCGGUCGCCCGCCGAGAAGAAGAUGACAUGGCGAACACUCUUCGCCUCGGCCGGGCUCGUGCCAGUCCAAUUGAGCAACCUCGCUGAGGCGCAGGCCGAGUGCCUGCUGAGACGGCACCCAAUCAGGGGGUUCCAUGUGGAGCAGCGUGAGGCUGCGCUCGUGCUUUGUUGGCAACACGGCAGAGAGCUCGUAUCGGUCUCGGCAUGGAGGUGAUAAUGGCUCUUCUCUUCUCUCUUAGGCAGUUCGUCGAGCACCUAUAUUAUAUUUUCUUAGAAUUGUUUGGCAUUUAUUUUCUCCUUGUGGAUUAAUGUUAUCUCUUCGCCUAAUACAUAAUUUAACAUUGUGGAAUCUAGAUUGAUAAAAAAAAAAAAAAAAAGGUCUGCAUUGGAGUUGGGGUAUAUUGUACUACUAAUUCUAGUGAACUAGUGUGGUCACAAUUAUAUCAAAUUUAGAGCUUAUUAUACUAA